AGGGAGCCGAGCGGAAGUGCGCUUGUAAAUCUGUCGGAGUCGCUUCCUGUCUUGGGUGGUGGCUUCAAACUUUCUUACUCGACUUCAUUCCUCUGUGUGGGAAUGAGAGUUGGAAGAAAACUAGUUGUAUAAAAGCGGCAUACUGUGCAGCUGAAGAAGUGUUGUUGUGAACGGCGUCGUUUGUUCGACUAAUCUUGAUACAGUUCUCGCGGAGGGAAAGUAAAUAUCGAGUUAAAGUCAUGCAGGCCAUCAAGUGUGUGGUCGUCGGGGACGGAGCUGUGGGUAAAACAUGCCUGCUGAUCAGCUACACAACCAAUGCCUUUCCUGGAGAAUACAUCCCCACAGUAUUUGAUAAUUACUCUGCAAAUGUGAUGGUGGAUGGGAAACCAGUGAACCUGGGUCUCUGGGAUACAGCAGGUCAGGAGGAUUAUGACAGACUCCGUCCUCUGUCGUACCCUCAAACGGACGUGUUUCUCAUCUGCUUCUCCCUUGUGAGCCCUGCCUCUUUUGAGAAUGUUCGUGCAAAGUGGUAUCCAGAAGUGAGACACCACUGUCCAAACACUCCAAUCAUCCUGGUAGGAACCAAGCUUGAUCUGAGAGAUGACAAGGACACCAUUGAGAAACUGAAGGAGAAGAAGCUCACUCCCAUCACCUAUCCUCAAGGCCUGGCCAUGGCCAAAGAGAUCGGGGCUGUCAAGUAUCUGGAGUGCUCAGCGCUCACGCAGCGCGGCCUUAAGACGGUGUUUGACGAGGCCAUCCGGGCCGUGCUCUGCCCUCCCCCUGUCAAGAAGAGGAAGAGGAAAUGCCUGCUGCUCUAGAGUUCUGAGGAAAGAUUGCUGUGAUCCAAACUGUAUUUCUAAGGGGAGAAGUUAGAAAUGAGACCAUGUUUUCAUUUUUCACUCCCUCCAUUGUAAUUACCAGUACAACUUUAUACCCUCACAAAACUUUUAUCAAUAUUAUCAAUAGUUGUAGUGAAAAAUCGAUCCCCAACCCAUCUCCCUUAGACAGACACAUACUAUUGGACGACCUGCGGCCUUUGACUAAUGGAUAUUAACUUUUAGAUGGUUAACAAUGUCUUGAAGUUGGUUCCUUCCAUUGAGAACCCGUAAAGUUUGUUUACAGUCUUUGCUUGAAAGAAAUGAAGAUCUUGCCAAAUAGCACUACAUUAAGACGGGGCGGCCCUGCAUACACCACAUUUGUUGCUUUUUACCCCCUAAAGGUCUGCAACCAUUUGGCAAACCAGAGCUAACUGUUGGCUACUGUGAAGCAAAUGUGAUGUGAUAUUUUUGAAAGUUUUACAGUGAAGUCAGCUUACCUCACACAUGAAACAUGAGGUUCUGUUAAUGGAAGGAUGAGGCGUCCGAACAGAUUUUUAUACUUCUUCAUUUUGAAGUUAUGUGCACACUAUUUGCCAUUUGUUUUGAGGGGGGUUAUACUGUAAUUUACGGCCACACUAAUUAUGCACAAAAACAUGUCCAAGCCACAUUUCACUCCUAAAUUUGAGAAAACGUCAUAUUUUGCAUUAAAAGAAUGAAGCCUGUUUUUAGGACCAUUUUCAUCAAUUAAAUCUCCCUUAUUACAAUAGAUUUUUUUUAAAAAGUAUUUUCAAAAAACAUAUAUAUAUAUGUAAUGAUCCUAAAAAUAGACUUUAUUUUGUGUAAUCAAAGUAUAAUCUCCAUCUUUUAAGGUGAAACAUGGCCAGGAAAUUCGUGUUUUGUUGGUCCCAGUAUGUCAAAAGCUCUCACAAUUACCUGUAUUGAUACCUCCAAAUAUUUCCAGUCCCCAAAUAUCAGCGUCCUGCUUAGAUGUUCAACAACAGCUUUUUAAAAUAUCUAAUGGAUCACACGGGACAUUUAGUGUCAAUCUUAAUUUAGCGGUAUAUGAACACCUUGAUGCUCUUUGGGCAUUUAUAAUACACCCUCUACAGCCAUAUAUAUAUAUAUUAUUUUUUUGUUAACACAUUUUUAGAAACUUUCUU